AACAUAACAUGGCUACACGUGGAAGUAGCUUUUACUUCUUAAUUGACAAAUUUUUGAUUAAUUAAAAUGAGAAACUUCUUAAAUGAAAAUAACAACCAAUGAUCUACCAUCAUGAUCAAGCAGCUACCAGCCAGUGUUCAAUCCUACAUUCGGUCUGGUGUAGCAAUAACAAGUGUCACUCAGUGUGUUGAAGAAUUACUCCUCAAUGCUGUUGAUGCUGGUGCUAAGUGUAUCGCUGUACGGGUAGACUUAUCCUGUUUUCGCAUCCAGGUUGUGGACAAUGGAAGUGGGAUUGCUGCUGAAGAGCUUGAUAAAGUUGGACAAAGGUAUUCAACGAGUAAAUGUCAAGGUAUUGAAGAUUUGGAUUCCCUGAAUUAUUUUGGAUACCGAGGAGAAGCUUUGGCUAGUCUCUGUAACGUUUCUUCAUUACUAGAGAUUAACACUCGAACACAACUCUCAGCUCAAACCUAUAGUAAGAUUUUCCAACAUGGGAAGCCUUUACCUACCAUAGAAUCAAAGAAUCCUCGCCCUAGUCCAGGAACCACUGUUACACUGCAUAAUUUGUUCUACAACCUUCCUGUAAGGCAAAAGUCAAUUAGGUUGAGUUUAGAGCUUGAAAAUAUUUGUCAUCGUGUUGAAGCCUUGGCAUUAUUGCAGCCAAAAUUAUCAAUAACUCUUCGUAAUGAUGUCACUGGUUCUGUUAUGCUACAAACACACAAAACUAGUAGCUUGUUAAAUACAUUCUCUUGCCUUUUUGGUCACACCAAAUCAGAAAGUCUCUGUGAAGUUUCGCAUAGUUCUGGCUAUUUUUCACUUAGUGGCUAUAUAGGACGAGACAAUCAUUAUAGGAAAGAUAUUCAGUUUAUAUACAUCAAUAACCGCCUUGUGCUAAACACAAAGAUACAUAAAGUAAUAAAUAAUAUUCUUAAAAAGUCUUUGAUUGUUAAACAAAAGCUAACUUUAGAGAAUAGUGAAAAGUUAAGCCCAUUUAAACUCUCUAAAAAAUAUCCAAUUUUUUUGUUGAACAUUAAGUGUCCGCUUAAUGUGUAUGAUAUAACUUUUGACCCACGCAAGACCAUGGUAGAAUUUAUUGAAAUGGAAAAUCUGUUGCAAGCUGUGGAGGAAAUGUGCUGGGAUUUUUUAAGAAAAGAAAAUCUUAUGACUGUUGACUCUCUAGCUUUGGAAUUAAAGAAAGAAUCUAAGUUUCGGUCAAAUGGUAGCCAAUCUCCUUUAGACUCUACGAUCAGAGAUCCAGAUAAAGAAAUUGAUGAAAAUAUUGAAGACCAACUGUAUGAUAAUGUGAAAUCUCGAGCCCUCAAGUCCUUACCAAUUAAACGUAAUCUCUUUAAAGCUAAAUUGGAUGAACAAGAUAAUGAUGUUAAUAUUGAUGAUAGUGAUAUCCCUUCAAAGUUUUCUAAGAAGGACAAAGAAGAUAUUGAUAAUUGUCUGGAUGUUUCAACUGAAAGCCAGGUACAGUAUAAUUCUGCAGAUUCAAAUGAGACUGUAUCUUUAACAGAAGAUACAGAUGAGUCUUUAACAGAAAAUAUUGGUACACCUGUUGUUAAAUCGUCUGUUAGUUCCAGCAAAUCAUUUGAUUCUUGCACAAAAUUAUUAACUGAAUCUAUGAGCAUUUUCACUGAAACACCUAGCACUGUGGAAGAAGAUUCAGUUUCAUGUGAGAGAUCCAAAUGUGUUGAAGACACAAAUAGAAACAUUUUGGCCCAGAGAAAAAUGGCUGCUAAUUCUAUUGUAAAUGAUAGAAUUCUUAAAUGCGAAACAAGCAGGUCAAAGAUGACUCUUCCAUCUGCUUUCCGUAUAAAAAAAAAUUACCCAUCUAGAGCUCCUUCUGAAAUGAAACCUUCCACUCGAUCUAUCUUAGAUCGGUUUAGGUCUUCCAGUUCAGCUCGACAAUUUUCUUUACCUGGAACAAAAAGAUCUUCAGAUCUAAUUAGUGGAAGUCUGAAUUCCUCAGAUAUUUCAAAAACCUUAAGUUUUGAGUCAAAAACUGGACCCACUCAUGAAAGCAGUAAAACCUUAUCAAAUAAGAUGAAUGAGAACGAAAUAUUUUGUCAUGAACAUUUUUCAGGUGAUUCUACAGCAGCAAAACAGGAAGUGGUGGCUGACACUCAUCAGUCAAUAUCAUUGAAGCUUGCUAAUUUAUUGAAAAAGAAAUCUGGAGAUAAAAUGCAGGUUAGUGGAAAUAUAAAGGAUAGAGUUUUAAAUGAAGAAGCAUUAUCAGCCAUAAAAGAUAAGCAGUCUACAGACUUAUCUGAGAAACCUAAAGAAAUACCAGUAUUGAAUAACCAUUUGAUUGUGCCAGAAAAUUUCCCUUAUGUGAAAGAUGAUGGUAUUAGUUUACUGAAGGAGUCAGAGACAAAAUAUACAUCACUUAAGAAAAAUCAUGAUGUUAUUGUAUUAGAUGAUAAAAUAUCUAGUGAUGCUUUAAAAACUUUACCCAAAAUUCAAAAUGAAUGUUGUCGUAAGUUUGGUGAGCAUAGAUUUCUUACUUCUUCAUCUUUUCUUCAAACUUACAGAAAGAAUGAAAAAAAUGAUGCAAAAUCUAAUCUGCAGAUUUCAAAAGACUUUCACGGGUUACAAUGUCAAAACUUUAACCUAAAUUCCUAUUCUAAAGAAGAAAUUCUCUCUGCAAAUAAAUCUCAUAUUUCAUCUGAUUGUUCUAGAAAGAUUGGUGUUGAUUUGCCUAGUUUCUCAAAGGUUCAUAACACUCUUAUUUCAACUAUUACUGACAGCUUUCAAGAACAUGAUAUUCCUUCAAAUCACAACCGGUUUGAAUGUAAUAGAUCUGAUAGUAAAUAUGAAGAUAGAACGGGAAAUUCUUUUGUUUUUAAUUUUGAUGCUGAAAGUAAGUCUGAUGAUGCUAGUUUGUCAACAACACAAGAUUUUGAUAGUGUAGAUAUAACAAAUUCUAGUUUAUGUUUAAAUUCUCACUUGCAUUCUAAAGCAUCAACUUGCACCGAUUAUUUCUUUGAAGAACAAUAUGAACAACCAUUCAGUUUGAAGAAUGCUGUUUCUAGUUAUCAUAGAAAUAAUUCUGAAUCAUCCCAAACUGUGCAUAAUCCCAGAAGUUUACAUGUAAUAAAUUCAGAGAGUUUUUCACCAUGCAAGCUGUUUCCUGAAGGACAGAGCAAUAUAAGCACUCAGAGAUUUUCAAUGUUCCAAGAUGCAUUAAAAAGUAAAGUUGGAGAUAGAAUUCUGACUGAAAGUCUGUAUGUUGAUGGAACAUCAUCCUCCAAGAUGGAAAAUACAGAUUCCUUUAAUUUUGCACAUUCAUCUCAUUCCUACACAAAACCACAUAAAACUCUGAAGUGCUUUGAUAUUUUGACAAGUAAAACUGAAAAUUUUUCGCUAUGUAUUUCUUCUGAGGAAGUCGAAGAAGUGAGCCUUGAGAAUACUUCUAAAUGUUCACCUUUACAUAAGAACUCAUCAGAGUUAUUAUGUCAAAGCUAUAAUAUUUUGCCUCAAAGGAGAACAAAUGAUAUCAGAGAAGAGAAAUUGGAUGGAUUCAGAGUUCCAUGUAAUCCACGCGAAAAUAAGACUAUGGAAUAUAUUCCAUUCAAUGUAUUAUUAUCAAAUAAUUAUGGGAGUGAUGAUGAUGAUGAAGAAGAGGAAGACGGGACCAAAUCUACUGUGGUACAUUGUGAAAGUUUAUCAAAAUGUGAGCUUUCUAAUAAUCAAGGAAAAGGCAAUCCUAAAACAGAAGACUUAAACAAAUAUAUUAAGCAAGUUGCUACUAAUGAAUCUGAGAAAAGUAGAAAUAUUACAGAUAGUUUCAAUUCUAAUCAUUUAGAUUUAAAUGAAAGAAAUAUGUCCAAACACCAUCUGCUAGAGACUAAUACAGAGUUUUCUGAAUGUCCCAAACAUCAUAAUGCACCUGAAGAAUCAAUUCCUUCACCAAAACCAGAAUCAUCUACUUCUGAUACUCCAAGGUAUUUAGAACCAUCUUAUACAAACCUUAAUUCUAAAGCACAAGUUCAGUCACACUUAAAUUCUUUGACUGGUUCUAUUUCAUCAAAAAAUUUAAACAUUACUCAUUGCGAUGAAAGCAGUUUUGAAAGGCAAACUAUUAAAUAUGGUGGCAAUAUUGAUAAAAAGAAAUUAUUGAUUAAUGAAAGUGAAUUGAUUAAAUCUUCUUCAGUGAAUUGCGAUGUUGCAUUGCAUUUGAAUGAAAGGCAAAUAUUUAAUGAACAUCCAGUUAUUAGAAGCUGUUCUUCUCUUUCACAGCAUAGUCAUGUUGCAGCUACUAGAAAUAAGGGUCAAAAAGAAGGCUGUGAUAUUGUUGUUGAUAAUGGUCAGUCAAAUGAUAACACUUGCAAUCGCAGAAGUCAACAACAGGCGGAGAAAAAGCAAAGUAGUUAUCAGGAGAACCCAUGUCAACAGAAUGUUCACUAUUUCAAUGAUGAAGAUCAAACUGAAAAUUAUCCUGUACAUGGUAGUUACAUGACUGUAGACAAUAGUCAAGUGGUAGGUAACCCUCACAAUCAUCCACUACAUGGCCACCGUAUAAAUACAGGCAGUAAUCAAGCAGCAGAUAGCUAUGACACUUAUCAACUGCAUGACAACUGUAUGAAUGAAGGUUGUAUGGAAGCAGAAGAUAACUGCAACAGUUAUGAACCACAUGACCUCUGUAUAAAUGCAGGCAGUAGUGAUGCAGUAGAUAAAUGUAGUGAUGCUCAUCCAUUGCAUGACUGCUGUAUAAAUACAGACAGCAGUGAAGCAGUAGAUAAAUGUAGUGAUGCUGAAAGCCAAGAUAAAAGAGACAGUCCCCAAGACAGAGCUACUUUGCUUGAUAAAAUCUCCAUUUCCAACAAUAUAGAGAAAUUAAAUAUUUCUGCUUCAAAGAAUACAAAUUCCCUAGAAUUUCUCUCUGAGUGUGAUUUAGCUACCAGAUGUGAUGAUCUGCUGUCAGUGAGACAGACUGAUGCAUUAAAUUCAGUAAUGUCUCAGAAUUUUGACUCUGAUAGAUCUGCAUCUCCAGAUCUGACAACAGAUAAUAUGCUGCUGUAUGAUAAUUCUCCUGAAAUACCUCGUACAACAAUGGAUAUGGAACAAAAUUCUGCUGUUAAAAUCUGUGAUAAUCACAAAAUGACUGAAGUGGAUUAUACAGAUUCUACCAAAGAAACUGGUUGUAUUGUCAUCUCUUCUGUCUAG